GUUUCCGGUGGCGCAAAGGGUGUCGGGAGCGGCUUCCAGAAAACCUUUCCUGGCUUCUGGAGGGACCACCGUUGCCGCCGCUUCGACUUCCAAGAUCUGCGUUCGAGUGAACGGUCACGGCGACCUCCGCUGCGACUCCCACUGUGCCUGGCUCUGUCCAUAUUCGUUCCCAGGCGGCGGCUGCGGUUCCAGCAGCGGCCGCGGCCGACAUGUUGUGAGGCGGCGGCGCGGUGUCUGAAGGAUGGUUUGGCCGAGGAGACGGCGACGGCUGCUGGAGGCGGCGGCAGCUGGGGCUCCGGCUCUGUAGAGCCGAGCCCGCUGGGUGUCCGUCCUGUACUGCGGCUAGGCCGGUGCCCUUAGAUCUUCCCUCUUCUCCAGCGCCUUUGGGGACCAGUUAGGCGACAGCGCCUGCUUCUCUGAGGAGGCAAGAAGGUGGUUUUCCAGACGCUCAAAUUUCUGGACCACUUUGCUUUCCCUUCCCCAACCUUGGCAGUGCUCUCCCCAGAAUCCUCAGGCCCCCGAAUUUCCUCUCAAACUUGCCCUAAAUCUCUCACACACUCGGGUGUUCCCCGCUCUCGAGCCCGCUCCUCCCCCUUCAAUUUCUGCUCCCUCUUUUCAGUGCAACCCCUACCCCUCGCCCGCCCGCCCCCGAUCAUCCUAGUGCAGCCUUUUGAGAAAUCUCCGUGGAGUAGUGGACCAGAGCCGGGGAGUUUUUAAAAGUCGGGGCACGAGAGACAGGAAGGUACUAUGGCUUCCUCGUCUGGCAACGAUGAUGAUCUCACUAUCCCCAGAGCUGCUAUCAAUAAAAUGAUCAAAGAGACUCUCCCCAAUGUCCGGGUGGCCAACGAUGCCCGAGAGCUGGUGGUGAACUGCUGCACUGAAUUCAUUCACCUUAUAUCUUCUGAAGCCAAUGAGAUUUGCAACAAAUCCGAAAAGAAGACCAUCUCACCAGAGCAUGUCAUUCAAGCACUAGAAAGUUUGGGCUUUGGCUCGUACAUCAGUGAAGUAAAAGAAGUCUUACAAGAAUGCAAGACGGUAGCAUUGAAAAGAAGAAAGGCCAGUUCUCGUUUGGAAAACCUUGGCAUUCCUGAAGAAGAAUUAUUGAGGCAGCAACAAGAAUUAUUUGCAAAAGCUAGACAGCAACAAGCAGAAUUGGCCCAACAGGAAUGGCUUCAAAUGCAGCAAGCUGCCCAACAAGCCCAGAUUGCUGCUGCCUCAGCCAGUGCAUCCAAUCAGGCAGGAUCUUCUCAGGAUGAAGAAGAUGAUGAUGAUAUCUGAAAUUCACCAGCUGAGUUUCCUCUAUAAAUGUUUUUCCCUGCACAAAAAAACAGUGAAAGAAAUGCUUAUCUGUAAUUUUGUGUGCAUCUUGGUGGACUUGCCAUUGGUAUUCUAGGGAUGUCUGCUGUUAAGUUUCAUCUAUUGUGUGCUAUACAUGUAAAACCUGUCUCUUUGAACUAUUGAAAAUUUAAGGUUCAGUAUAAUAUCAAUUUUGAAUUUUUAAUGGUGUUUAUGAAAUUUUAGAUAGCAGUGAGUCCUUUAUUUGAUCAAUAAACAGUGUUACAGAAAACUUCAAGUUUAUAAAAAUAUAGUGAAAUUUAUAUGGAAGCUCUAAAUCUGCAUUUGCAUUUCCUCUGUCCUUUUAACUAAACUAAAAAUUGGGAAUUUUAAAUUAUUGAGGGGGGUACUAGGAGAAUCAGUAGACAUUGGAUCAGGUUGGUAAAGAGAGUUCAGUUCUGGAGUGUCUGAACUUCAUCUUUUAAAAUGAGUGUGUGUGUGUGUGUGUGUAUAUAUAUGCAAUAAAUAUAUAUGCUCAGAUAAAUAUACUUGUUUAGAAAACCUCAAAACAAGACAUUCAAAACUAGGAAGGAAUAUGUUCAAUAGUAGUUAUAUAAAUUUGGUGGGUUAUGUUUAUUGUUUUGGUUUUGUGUAGAGGUAAAAACUAAAGUUUUAUCAUGGCAUAAUUCAUCUUGAGCUACACUAUGACAUUUCAAAUACUGCCCAUUUUUGAGGACUGUCAUGAUUCUUACUGUUUCACUCCAAUUCAAUAAUUGUUAAUAGUAUUACUGGCUUAGUCCAUCCAUGCUUCUAUUAUUCAGAUAUAUAGGUGGGACUUGUGAAACAAUUGCUUGGGUUCCGUUGGUUUAACUGAGGUUUGUGAAUAUUCAAACCUUUGCUGAGGGAAAGAAAUGAAAGUUAAUGAGCAUGCUUGCUAUGAGAGGGAUUUUUUUUAAUUUAACUUGUAGUUAUGCUUAUUGUUUGUCUUUAGCAUUACUUUUACAUUUUCUUGACUAGAUAGCCUAGAGUCCAGCGCUACCUUUUGAAAUUGCAUCAUUGUCUCCUUCAUCUUAAUUGAGUGAUAGCUUUAAAAAAAGAUUGGUUUUGUUUAAGAAAGUGUGUCAUAACUGAUCAGCCCUAUAUGAAACAUAAAUAGUUUCAACCUGCUUGUUAAAAGAGAGAAGCUUUAAUUUGGUUCCAGUAAAUAAAGUAUAGUAGUGAUUAUAGGAAUCCAGUGUGUUGAAGAAAUGGCAUAGUAUUUAUAUUUUGGAAACAAAGGAAAAGUCACUGAAGAUAAUAUGAAGUAAUUAAAUUCCUAUGUCAAUUGCCAAAUAAUUUAAAUUUCUAUAUUUACCAAGCCCCAAAAUAGAUUGUGGCUGCCAGGAUUCCAAUUUUACUUGGAGAGCUAAAUAAGUAAACUUUUAUAAGUAUUAGAUUUCUUAAUGAUCAUAUUUUGCAGUUUUAGAAAAAGGGAAAUACUAUAUGUUUAUUAAAUAUACUUCUACCCAUGUAAUGAAAAGGUUAAUUUUGCUGAAUGUUUUAAGUUGAAGUUACUUCAUGGAUGUCAUAUCCGUGAAGUGUAUUUAGAUGAGAUAGAAGGAAUUGUUUUUUUAAGAAGUUUAAGUACCAAAGGUAGUCUAGUCUAGAAAAAUAAUAAGUUCAUAAGUGUUGGCUUUUCUAAUUUGUACUGUAACAUCCUGAUACUUUCUAUUUUAAGUAUAUCUUGUUUCUUAAGUAAACAACUUAGAUAUUUUCCCACACCUUUUUUUUCUGAUGCAGAGUUCAGGUUAAUUAAUAUUUUACUGCAUCUGAUAAUGUAUUAUAUGUUUGAAGCCUAGUGACUUUUUAUUUUGACAUUCUUGUGAUUUCAUAUGCUGUAUUCUUCAAGCAAUAAAAUUCUGAUGUGUUUUAUAAA